CCCCAGCCUAAGGCGCUCUCCUCUUGUUUUCUCCCCAAACCAGGAUUUUUCAUUCCCAAGGAGUGGCCGGAUGGAGGAGGAGGAAAAGCCCCGGAGAUGCCGCACGAGGAGGGGCUGCAAACCCAGCGCAGGGAGCUGCGAGGAGCAAAGACCCCCCCUGUGCCAGGAGGGCGGCCGGAGAUCCAGCCAGAGCUCCGAGCUGGUGGAGAAGCCUCAUGGAGGGGAGAAGCCCCACAAGUGCUUGGAAUGUGGGAAGGGUUUCAGCCAGAGCUUUAACCUGAUCCGGCACCAGGUGAUCCACACUGGGGAACGGCCCUAUAAGUGUGGGGAGUGUGGGAAGAGCUUCAGGCAGAGCUCCCACCUGAUCCAGCACAAGAGGAUCCACACUGGUGAACGGCCCUUUGAGUGUGGGGAGUGUGGGAGCAGCUUCAGCUAUAGCUCCAACCUGAGGAAACACCAGAGGAUCCACGUUGGGGAGAAGCCCUACGAGUGUGGGGAAUGUGGGAAGAGCUUCAGAGACAGCUCCAGUCUGAACCAGCACCAGGUGAUCCACACUGGGGAAGGGCUCUACACCUGCUUGGAAUGUGGGAAGAGCUUUGGAUAUAGCUCCGACCUGAGAAAGCACCAGCGGAUCCACACUGGGGAGAGGCCCUACGAGUGUCCCGAGUGUGGGAAGGGGUUUCAGACCAGCUCUGAUCUCCUCGUACAUCAGCGGAUUCACACAGAGGAGAGGCCCUUCCGCUGCACCGACUGUGGGAAGGGCUUCAAGCGCAACUCACACCUCAUCAGGCACCAGCGCAUCCACACCGGGGAGAGGCCCUACGCGUGUCCUGAGUGUGGGAAGAGCUUCUCCAGGGCUUCUCACUUGACCCAACACCAACGGAGGCACCACUAAGGGAAGCGCUGCGAGUGCCCCGAGAGCGGGAAGAGCUUCGUGCGCUGCUCCAGCUCCAUCCCCCGUGGGAGGAUCGGCCUUGGAUGAUCCCCAGUGACCCCCGUUGGGCAGAGCCCUGCUGAUCCAUGGUCCUGGUGAUCCGUGGUGGGAAGACACCUGACUGGGAUGCUCCUCAUUUUCCUGGCUCCCUGUGGGCACCUGGAUCAAUGCAGGUGGAGGAACAUCCAUUGGGACACAGACCGACAUUGGGAAUUCCUUGGGCAGAAUGGAUUUGUUGACUUUCACCCCCAGACAAUCCUUUCCAUUCAAUCCUAUCAUCUGGUGGCAUCAAGGAAUACUGGAUGGUCUUGGAGGUCUUUUCCAGUCUCAGGGAUUCCACGAUUUUGAUUUCCUGUUGCCCGAGUGUGUCUUGCACAGCCAAAUAGUGAAGAUGACGUGCAGGAACCAAGAUUUUGGAGACAGUGGGGUGGAAACCCCUCCAAAAAGGGUUCUUCCCUCCCAGCCAGGCACAUGGAUCCUCAGCUGGCACAGACACAGCAAUCCUUUUUGUUCAACCUUGAUUUGUUUUUCAUUUCUCUUCAUCACUUUAAAUGUCCAACAUUGUGGUAAAAAUAAAGAGAUUGAACUGGGACAUGGGUGAGGACAUGGGGGACAUAGACAUGGUGGGACAUAGACAUGGAGAGUGACAUGGGGACACAUGGACAUGGAGAGGGAUGUGGCCAUUCAUGGGGACAUGAGGGGAAAUGGGCACAGCUGGAGAUGUGGGGGAGAAUGACAGGGAUGGAUUUGUGGUGGGGAGACAGCCAUGGGUGAGGACAUGGUGGGACAUGGCCAGUGACAUGUGGGGACAUGGCCAUGGCUGGUGCCAUGGGGGGAACUUGCAGGGGCUGUGGGGGAUGCUGGGUUUGAGGGAGUUGAGGGUUCCUGGGAGGGACUUGGGGCUUGCUGAGGGCUUUGGGGAGCCCAGAGCUGGGAGACCCUGGCAGAGGUUGUGGGGCAGCUGCUCAAGGAGCCCCUGAGCUGGACCCCCAGGUGGGCAUUGGGCUCCUGGAAGGGAAUGAAGGUCCUUGUCCCCAGGAGGGAAAUCCCAGCAGCCCCAGGGUAUUGGGGGCAGCUGAGAGGCCACAAGAGGGAGGGGAAAGCCAAACAGAGCUGUCCCCCUCCAGAACUGCACCCCAAAAAUCCCAAACUCAGGGCUCCUCCCAGGAAAAAGCUGUCAGGAGGUGCCUGAAUUGAGGGAAAGGGGGAUGGGACCUCAGAGUGAGCAGGAGGGGCCUGGAACCUCCAAAACCAAUCAUGGGGGACAGGGCUGGUGGAUUGGGGGGCAGAGGGGAAGGGGUGGAAGAGCAGGGAAGAAGAGGGGGCUAGAACCCCCAAAUUGCUUUGGGAAGGGUCCCGCUCCUCCUCCUUUCUAAUCCCCAAGAUGGUGCUGGGACAGUGCUGGACUCUGGGCCUGCUUUGGGCACCCCCCAUGCGCCCCCUCCCCAAAUUCCCCUGGCAGCUUCAGGGCGCCCAGGCGCCUUUUGGUGUUGGCUGGGUGCUGUGCUGGGGUUCAGGUGCCUCUCAAGGAAUCCCCAGAGCGGGGUGACACGGGGGACACACAGGGGUCCCCAUUCCUGAUCCAUCCUGGGGCCUGUUCUGUCCCCUACCGAAUCAUGGUCCCCCCAAGUCCCUCUCCACUGCCCCUCUCACUGCCACUUUGUGAGUGGAGCCUCUGGUGGGCAGGAGUCCCAUCGAGCUCCCAGUGCUGUUCCCCCCUUUGCUUUCUAACUUUUCAUGGCUUCAAAUUAAAUUUUAUUUACUCAUUCCCGCCCGGAUUUUGAGUAGUUUAUAACAAUUUUCAUGUGCUAGGCUCCCAUUAGUGGCAUGCUCAAGAGAUGAUCUUUAAGCUCAGUGAAAAUGCAGGCUGUGGCAACUCAGCUGUUGCAAAACAAAAAAAUCCCUCAUUUUAUCUGAAAAGAAAAUGGACCAAAACCUGACCUUGAUUUCAAGGGAAGGAUUUUGUCUAAUUUAGAUCUGUGUUGUCUUAUGUGUUACAUUUUUUUGUAUCACUCCACUAAAUCAGGAGCACUAGGUCACAUUUCCUGAGUGUAACAUCAGCUCUCUCUACUGCAGCUGAGGGGAUCAGUGGUGUAAAGGAUUCCCACUGAGGUCAUUAAAUGAGCAUAAGUGUCUCGCUCAUUAGCCAGCCCAGCACAGGAGGAGGGAAUGUGCGACACAAUGAAUGCAGAGCAUCAAAUCCAGAAAACUAGGAAAGAAUUUGCAAGAGAGCAAUGGCCUUCAGCUGCUUUCAACCAUUGCUUCAGCUGGCCUGUCUUCCCAGAGACAGAAGUGCCUCGGAGUUGUGCUGCUGAGUAGGCUACAGAGAAAAGUCAUGGGAGUCCCACUGGUAUCUCAACUGGGUCUUGCAAUUGCUGUAUUUUGCUAACAGUCAUUUCUAUUUUGGUU